GUUUUCUUUCAAAAAUUUUAUUUUUGCCCCUCUGUGAUUCUGUCUGUGAAUAGAUACGCAAGCUUGUGAACAAGCCCCCCUUGCCCCGAGCCGACGCAUUGGAUUGUAGAGGAUCAGGGCGAAGAGGCGGGACAACGACAAGCACAAGGGCACGGCUUCUGUUUUUGUUUGAGCAUUGAAAUAAUAGCCAUGUCACUGUUCCAGGCGCGCGAAUAUUGGAGCGUGCGCGGAAACGAGCAAGCGCAUUGCUGUGUGGUCUUAUCCUGUGCAAAAGUAUCGUACUCGUAUAAAUGCAUUACAAAUUCCCUCAGCAUGAGAAAUAUAGAUUUGUCAUGCGAAUUUACCUUCGAAAAAGAAUUUGUAAUGCAAGACUUGCAUUUAUACGAGGCCGAGGGAGUGCGAUACUUUUGCAAUGCAUAGGUCUGCAAUGUCGACAAUGAGCCUGGUGGUCACAACAAGAUUGUCAUCGGCAGUCUGGAUGGUAUGCUGCGGAUGUACUACCCAAGGUACUUUUAUAUUGAAUUCGUUUGACGAUUUUAACUUUAACUGUCGUUUACAUUCAUAAUGUAAUCGUAGUACGCUUUAUUCGACAAAUCGAAAUCUGGCACGGGUAGAGACCGGCGCUUCUUCACACGAUAAAUCGACGUCGCGUCCGGAUUUAUAUAUAUGUUAGGUGAAUGAGAGCUGAGUCUUUUUCCGAAACAUGUACCUGAUCUUCACUUCAGGCGAAGGGAGUACCGGGUAGACGAUUUGAUUCUCGAGAAAGUCUUAGAGGGGCCUAUCCUGCAGUUGUCCGCCGGCAAGUUCGUUGCUGGGUCCCGCGACCUGUGCCUGGCGGUCCUGCACCCCAAGCGCAUUGCCAUUUUCAUGGUCUCUGCGUCGAUGAACCAGCAACAGGCCGUGUAUCCUGAGUAAAAGCAUCCCCAUCCCAUAGUCAAGUUGGGAAUCUAGCAACACAAAUCUCCAAGUUUUGGGAGCUGUGCAUGACAAGUUUCCCUCUGCAGUGUAGUGCUGAUUGGCAAGAGAAGCCGCAUGAGAAAGCCACUUUCGCAUCCUGUUUACAGCAUUACAGAUUCCAAAACACGACUGAAAAUGCCUCUCAUGGAGCUGCGCAUUACAAACGUUUGUGUCAUUGCACAUUUGCAUGGCGACUCUGGUGUGGGGACGUUUUUACUCAGGAUGCCGUGAACUACUACAACACCAUCGAGUGCUAUCGCAAAAAAAAAGUGUUACAGUUACACAUUGUGUUGCAAGACCGGCAACACAGACAACCUUUCUCAUGCAGGAAAUGCUUGGGAGCCUCGUUUCCUUCCUCUUUUCCAUUAUGAUCUUCGCAUUACAAGUUUUCUUUGCCACGCAGAGAAAAUUUGUGAUGCAGAAACUCCAACUAGUGUGUAACUGUAACACUUUUUUCUCAUGAUAAAUGCUACGGUCACGAACUCCUGCGCCCUGCGUUCAACUUCUGCCAGGGCGCGUUCGCACAGCAAAAGAACUAUUCGGACCGCGACUUUCUCUGUGUGCAGUCCCUCGACGCGGUCCUGCAGUUCUUCGAGCAGGAUGCCCCGGCGUUCAAGCGGGCGCUGCCGCAGGAGCAGUUUCUGUCACCGAAUCCGCUCCUGUACAUUCCCAAAACAGACUCCUUCGUCACCGCGGACUCCUGCAUGUAUAUACACGCGUAUCGCUACUCCGUGUUGGCUGCUGCGGCAGACAAUGUGGCGGUCUACGGCGGAAGUUCAGCUGGACCCAGCAACCCGGGGGAUGCCUUCGGCCAGACAACCUUCGGUGGGUCCUCCUCGAGCACGGCGGGCGCUGGUGCCGCCGGGGGUAGUACCAACAGUACUUCCGUCGGGGGUGGAAAGAAAGUGCAGGUAGAUUGGUCCGUCAAUCUGGGGGAGCAUGCGGAGCACCUCUUUUUUGCGCGGAUGCUGCGCUCGAACACGGGUCCCAACCCCGAGAGCAUCGUCGUCGUGGGCGAGCGGCACCUGUACUAUUUGAAGGCGGACGGGGAAACGCAGCUGACGAAGCGACUCGACUACGAGGUCAGUUGUGCGACCGUGUACCCGACGCCCGGCGCGGCGGGGAGUGCAGGGACACUGGGCAGCAGUGGUUUCAGCACCGCGGCGAACACGGAUUCCAGCGGCACCCUCUACAAUCUGAUGCUCGGCACGCAUUCCGGGCACCUUUUGAUUUUUCGCGAGACGCAGAUCAUCUGGUGUGCGCAGCUGGGACACGUCCCCAUCUCCGUGGAUGUCGCUGAGGUGGCCGGGGUCCGCGGAAUGAUAACCACGCUCGACGAAGACGGCCUGCUGCAGGUAAAAACCUAGGGGCCCGGCUGUAAUGUGGCAUAGAUAUGUGAGAUCACGCAAAAGUACCGGCCGCGGUCGUUGGCCAAAUUCGAGCAACCAGCGCUCUACGUGACACAACUUUCGCUAUGCCGGCAUAACAUAUGCGCCAUAUUAACCAACGUGCUCGUUGUAUUCCAACACACGACCCUACCUCUUUAAUACUAAAAAAUGAGAAUAUUUUCGUAUAUUGAUGUCAUGUGCACUUCUACGACUACACGAGUUCCUGGAGGUCUUUCUAAGUAUUUACAAACAGUGCGCCCCCUUCAGGUCUCCUACCUCGGAACGGACCCGCCGCCAGCGGCGCUGGUCAACACAGAAAUAUCCACAGUAAAUUUCCUGUACACGACGUACAAAUGCAGUCUCUGCAUGGCAAAACUUGCCUUCAAUCCUGGUGUAGCAUGACAAGUUGGACACUGCAAGUUAGCGAAAUUUGUCAUGCAACAUUUUGUACAUGCUACAGGAAAUUUACAUUGCAUAAGAAACAAAGGAGCUCAAUUACGCGGCCAUGGAGGAUAUCCUGUCGUGCAAAAGUAUCGUAUCCGUAUUGUAAUCAUGCAUUACAAAUCUUUUUGUUAAGUCAAAUCCGCAUUACACAUUUUAUUUCUCACGCUGAAAAUGCGGAAAUUUGUAAUGCAUUUAUACGAAUACGAUACUUUAACUUUUGCAGUUCAUAGAUGAGGAACACCAGCAGCUGCUGGCUACCAUCCGGGAGUCGCAUGGCGAGGGCCGUAAAGAGCCCACGGACCGUCUGGUCAUGCAUGCGCAAGUACAGCCGCACUGCUCCCUAGAGGAAGACGCAGACGACGCCGAAGAGGUAGAAGGGACACUAUAUAUAAUUGCAGAAAAACAGCAGCCUUAUGCUUAUUACUCCAUUAGUUUCAUUGUGAGUCCAUUUGCGUUUGGGUUUGACGCGAGUCUGUGCCCCAUUAUGAAGGUCAGCGAAACUUUGGAGUUACUUACUCAAAAAUUACUCACAUCAUCUUCAGUUUGCGCAAAUCGAUGGUGUUUUGCUCGAGGGCAGUGUCCGCAUCGUCAGCAGCCUCCAGGGUGCCGAAGCCGCAGAGAAGUUGACUUUUUGCAUCGAGGCGCCCGAGUGUUUCGCGGUGAGUCAGAAGUCGUUGUACGUCAAUCAGCUGAAAUCCAACAGCACACCACUGGUGGUGACGAUCAACUUCAAAAUUGUUUCUUCCAGCCUGUGUAGUUCGUUGACGGCCCGCGCGAGUUGCUGCUAUCUGCUGAAGCACAACCAAGAGCCCCGCGUGAGCUCAACGGAAUUCGAGAUACCUCUCUCGUGGGUGGUCAAGCCCAUACCACCGAUCAAGACUGCAACAUACAAAAUUCAAUUUGACUGCUCCCGAACACCGCCGCCGUUGACCGAGGUCUUCUCGGACCUCUUCGAGCCGGGAAGUUUGACAGCGGUAUUCCUGAUAAAUAUACGUGCAGUUGUUCGGUUGCAAUAGUGUUCAAGAUUUUCAUCAUUUUCUUGGGCGCAGAACAAAACUUUCCAGUUGUUGUCUUGAAGGAAAAAAGAAAAAGUGAAACGUAUUUACCGCCUCAACUUCAUAUAAAAAAACUGAUUCAUUUUCUGCUCCAUAGUCAUUUGUUGGAAUUCAGGCAGCUAUGUUCAGGUGUAAAAAAGCUUAGCUUGCUCUGCCAACACAUUAUGCCCUUCGAUCAGUGUCCCAUGCCGGGAGGCCUUUUGCAAAUCAAGGUGAAGAAAAAUGCAGUCCAGAAAAAAUCUUCAGUGAAACAAUACAGAUGGUGCCAGUAUCGGGAUUGAACCCCGCCACAAGCAGCAACAUCCUGUCAUUGCAGUAUCUCGCGGGCACAAACUUCACCGUUACCAUUUUGGUUUCCAAAUCUGCGGGAAGGAUAAGUGUCCAAUCAGGCGAAUUCGGGGCCCUCUUUCUUAUUUGCCACACUUUGUGCGAGAGGCUGUCCCAUCAUCGAUGCGAUGUCAGCUUCCAGGAUAGUCUCCCGCUGCACGAUUACUUUUCCGUUCUGGACGACCACUUUUCCGUCCGACGGCAUUUGGCAUCCUUGAGAACUGAGCUCGCAGACAGGACGAAACAGUACUCGAUCUUUUCCUGGUAGUUCCGUGUGGCUAUCGUGCCAUGGUGCUAAUGCAGCUUUACAACACUAUCUUCCAUUCGUGCAACGUAGUUCGUUGUCACAUCUUUAUUCAUCAUUGAUUUGCGCCAAUUUAUUACCUCAAAAUAGAUUCCGAGUUCGUACUCAACAGGUACCGCGUCAUCCAGAAGCGGCUUCUUCUUCGGUACAAAGACCGGGCCAACCCCGCGCCCCUGGGAAACCUGGACAGUCUGCUGCAAUUGACCUACGAAAACAUUUCAUCAUAUGCAAUUCAAAUUUCCCGCACAUGUACAACAUGCAUCACAAAUUUCACCAAUUUGGAGUGUAAAACUUGUCAUGCUAAACUAGGAUCGAAGCCAAGUUUUGUCAUGCAGAGACCGCAUCUGUACGUGUGCGGGAAAUUUACUGUGGACACGUCACUCGCGGAAACCAUCGAGGACGCGGAAAAAGCGCUGUCGGUCGUGACGCAGCACUUGUAUGAACUGCAAACGUAUCGUACUCGUAUUGCCAUCAUGCAUUACAAAUUUUUCUUCUCAAGGUAAAUUCGCAUUACAAAUUUUAUGUCUACUCGGAUAGAUGAUGAUGAUACUCAUGCUGAGGAAAUUUGUAAUGCAUCUAUGUAUACGAGUGCGAUACUUCUGCACAGGAUAACUUGCAAGCGACGACGAAGUUGGUGCUGCUCCUGAUUCAGUACCGUUUCGAUCUGCAGGACGACGUCGGCGUGCUGCACAGCUACUUCGGGGCCAUCUCUAGCGCCAACAGCACGCAGCAAGGGUGGGAGGAGCUGAUUGAGUACAACCUGGACCACCUGCUAAAGUGCGCACUGGUGGACCACAGUUCCGCUGGCACGACGAAAAAGCAGGACCAGAACUUCCUCGGAAAUAGCAACAACCCUCUGAAGAUGCCCUCGGAUCUGAAUCGAUUGAAAAAAAGGAUAACCACGAUGAUCGACCGCCUCGCUAAUGGUGUGCGGAUCGCGCCGAGCAUUAUCUUAGGAGGCGAGGAGGAGGACGAUUGACUAGCUGCCGUGACGACUACCACGCGUGCAGGCUUCACGGCAGGGCGGGCCAAGACAGUUGCGCUAGGCGGCCGCGUUGGGGACCAGGGCGGGGAAAAAGCGAACGCCGCGACACGACCUAAGGGAAGCGCGAGAGAGGGGGACGAUCACGACAAGACGCUCUCGUGGUAUUAGGUGACUGUCUGGCCGGUCGACUGUAGAAGCGAUCCUGGUGAACCAGACCACAUACCACAGUGUGCUGUCGCUUGAUUUUGCAGUGUAGAGUGCCAUGCUCUUGUGGUUGAUCUUGUUUUUAUUCGCAAGGACAACCGGACUAGCAAACUGGUGCCGCGCUGCUGAUGCAGUGCACGAACUGCAACGACGGGUGAAAACACUUGGACCUGUAACAAGCCUCGGUCUUAUCGGUAUGACCAAAAUUAUACCCUGAGGACAUACUUGCCGCAUGUCACACUCUCUUCUGUGCUGUUUUAAGUACAUUUUUUACCGAUCAUUGCAGUGGUUGGUAGAUGAUGAUCAUGAUCUGCGUUCAGUUAGUAA